AAAAAAAAGGGGGGCAGGCCUCAAAAUCUUGAGGUUAUUAUAAUAUUUGUGGGCAAAGUUUUGCUUCGGAGGCUUGAAGCAUGAGAAGAAGUCGAACUCCAGAGGUGGUACUGAAUUCGGGCCAAAAAAUGCCAUUAAUUGGGUUUGGCACAGCAGCUGUUCCUCUCCCUCCAUCACAGACUCUGGUUUCAGUCUUCAUUGAUGCCAUUAAAGUUGGUUACCGUCAUUUUGACACUGCAUCCAUGUAUGGAACCGAAGAACCCCUAGGCCAGGCUUUGGCACAAGCUCUACAGCUAGGUCUUAUUAAGAGUCGUGAAGAAAUUUUCAUUACUUCUAAACUAUGGUGUACGGAUGCCCAUCAUGAUCUGGUUCUCCCCGCACUCAAUCUCACACUUAAGAAGCUGGGGCUAGAGUAUGUGGACCUCUAUUUGAUACAUUUUCCAGUGAGGUUGAAAAAAGGAACUGAAGGUAGUACCGAACAUUCAAAAGAGGAUGUUAUGCCUUUUGACAUAAAAGGUACAUGGGAGGCCAUGGAAGAGUGUUACAGACUGGGCUUAGCUAAGUCUGUUGGAGUAUGCAACUUUGGCUGCAAAAAGCUCCCCCAGCUCCUACAUCAUGCUACUAUUCCACCAGCAGUUAACCAGGUGGAAAUGAACGUGUCAUGGCAGCAAGAAAAAUUGCGACACUUCUGCAAAGAGAAAGGGAUUCAGGUUAGCGCAUGGUCUCCACUAGGAGCCAAUGGUGCUAUUUGGGGUACUCUUGCUGUGAUGGAAAGUCCAGUCCUCAAAGAGAUUGCAAUCACAAAAGAGAAGAGUGUGCCACAGGUUGCAUUGAGGUGGAUACUUGAGCAGGGAGUGUGUGUCAUUGUUAAGAGCUUCAACAAGGAGAGGAUGAAGGAAAACCUUCAAAUAUUUGAUUGGGAAUUAUGUGAUGAUGAAUUAGAGAAAAUCAAGAAAAUUCCUCAAUGCAAAGGAUUCAAAGGUGAACAGUUUGUUCAUGAAAAUGGACAUAAGUCUUUGGAAGAACUUUGGGAUGGCGAAGUAUAAAACUUUAUCUUCCAUUAAUAAAAUUGUUUAUGCAAAUGAAAAAAUAAUUCUCUUUAAACUGCAUCUGGAAAGAAGAACAGAACCUUCUUUAGUUAAGAAUUGAGCACAUGUAGCUCAUUUGAUAUAUGGCUUAAUUCUUAAAGCACAUGUUCAAUUAACUAGUCAAUUGUGUUAGGCCAUGUGGGCCAAUGGCAUUAGAGCUAGUUUCCUAUAAAUACAUGAUGUAAUUCAAGGUUAUAGGAAUGAAGAAUAAACCAAUUGCUUGGUGCA